AUGCGCUUCCUCCUGCUCUCGGCAAUCACGGAGAAGACAAAGACGCAUCCCAACGAGAAGCGCGUCGACGCGCCGCUCGCGGAGGGGCUCCUCACCACCGUUCGGCUCGCCUACGGCGAGGAGGUUUGCGAGGCCGGCGGCAGUGUCUUCGAUGACAUCGGCGCGUUUUGCCAGGCGCGCGAUCGUGCCGUCAGCGCCAAGAACUCCACCGCCAAGGAGGCGCAGGCCGCUGCGGUCACCUACGCCACCUACCUCGCGAUCCUCACCGCUCUCGAGCGUCCUCUCGGUGAUGCGUUGGGCGACAUCGACGAGAAGUUCCUUCCCAAGCUGCCCUUCGGUUGGCGGUCGGCGCUGGAGAAGGAUGCGGAGGCCAAGAUGUCGCUGCUGCACCUCGAGCGGGGCGCGAGCGUAGACCCUCUAUAUCAGUGCGAGAGUAGGCGUCUGAGUGCGGCCCCCACGCCUUCAGGCGCCGCGCUGUGGAACCUGGCGAUGGCAAACGCCUCGAGUGGCGCACUCCUGCCGCGCGACUCGGAGGAGGAGGUGAAGAAGGCGACGCGCCACUUCCAGGUCGCGGCCGGGGCGCUCGACGAGCUCGCCACGCUCGGCCUCGUGGUGAAGAUAGCCGGGCGGGACUUGAGGCAGAACCCGGG